AUUGCACGUGUUGGGCAAGAUGAACUUUUCUGUAACCACCUGUGCCGGUGGUGAUACUAUCCAAGGGCUUCUGCCUUACCUGAUGGCCCUGGAUCAGUAUCAGCUAGAGGAAUUCAAGCUUUGCUUGGAACCCCGGCAGCUGAUGGACUUCUGGUCGGCCCCCCAGGGGCACUUCCCGUGUAUCCCCUGGGCAAACUUGAGAGCUGCCGACCCCUUGAAUCUGUCCUUUCUUUUGGACGAACACUUCCCAAAAGGUCAGGCAUGGAAAGUGGUCCUCGGCAUCUUCCAGACGAUGAAUCUGACCUCACUGUGUGAGAAAGUUACAGCCAAGAUGAAAGAGAAUGUGCAGACCCAAGAGCUGCAAGAUCCAACCCAAGAAGAUGUAGAGAUGCUAGAAGCAGCAGCAGGGAACAUGCAGACCCAGGGAUGCCAAGAUCCAAACCAAGAAGAACUAGAGGAGCUAGAAGACGAAACAGGGAAUGUACAGGCCCAGGAAUGCCAAGAUCCAAACCAAGAAGAACCAGAGAUGCUAGAAGAAGCAGACUACAGAAGAAAAUACAGAGAGAAGAUGAAGGCUGAACUACUGGAGACAUGGGACAACAUCAGUUGGCCUAAAGACCACAUAUAUAUCCGUAAUACAUCAAAGGAUGAACACGAGGAACUGCAGCGCCUACUGGAUCCUAAUAGGACUAGAGCCCAGGCCCAGACGAUAGUCUUGGUGGGGAGUGCAGGGGUUGGGAAGACCACCUUGGCAAUGCAGGCUAUGCUGCACUGGGCAAGUGGAGUUCUCUUUCAGCAAAGGUUCUCCUAUGUUUUCUAUCUCAGCUGCCAUAAAAUAAGGUACAUGAAGGAAACUACCUUUGCUGAAUUGAUUUCUUUGGAUUGGCCCGAUUUUGAUGCCCCCAUUGAAGAGUUCAUGUCUCAACCAGAGAAGCUCCUGUUUAUUAUUGAUGGCUUUGAGGAAAUACUCAUAUCUGAGUCACACUCUGAGAGCUUGGAUGAUGGCUCGCCAUGUACAGACUGGUACCAGGAGCUCCCGGUGACCAAAAUCCUACACAGCUUGUUGAAGAAAGAAUUGGUUCCCCUGGCUACCUUACUGAUCACGAUCAAGACCUGGUUUGUGACAGAUCUUAAGGCCUCAUUAGUGAAUCCAUGCUUUGUACAAAUUACAGGGUUCACAGGGGAAGACCUAUGGGUAUAUUUCAUGAGACACUUUGAUGACUCAAGUGAAGUUGAGAAAAUCCUGCAGCAGAUAAGAAAAAACGAAACUCUCUUUCAUUCCUGCAGUGCCCCCAUGGUGUGUUGGACCGUAUGUUCCUGUCUGAAGCAGCCUAAGGUGAGGUAUUACGAUCUCCAGUCAAUCACUCAGACCACCACCAGUCUGUAUGCCUGUUUUUUCUCCAACUUGUUCUCCACAGCAGAGGUGGAUUUGGCAGAUGACAGCUGGCCAGGACAAUGGAAGGCCCUCUGCAGUCUGGCCAUAGAAGGGCUGUGGUCUAUGAACUUCACGUUUAACAAAGUAGACACUGAGAUCGAGGGCCUGGAAGUGCCUUUCAUUGAUUCUCUCUACGAGUUCAAUAUUCUUCAAAAGAUCAAUGACCGUGGGGGUUGCACUACUUUCACCCACCUAAGUUUCCAGGAGUUUUUUGCAGCCAUGUCCUUUGUGCUAGAGGAACCUGGAGAAUUCCUUUCCCAUUCCACAAAGCCACAAGAGAUGAAGAUGUUACUGCGAGACGUCUUGCUUAACAAAGAAGACUACUGGACUUCAGUGGUUCUGUUCUUCUUCGGUCUUUUAAAUAAAAACAUAGCAAGAGAACUGGAAGAUACUUUGCAUUGUAAAAUAUCUCCCAGGGUAACGGAGGAAUUGUUAAAGUGGGGAGAAGAGUUAGGUAAGGCUGAAAGUGCCUCUCUCCAAUUUCACAUUCUACAACUUUUUCACUGCCUACGUGAGUCCCAGGAGGAAGACUUCGCAAAGAAGAUGUUGGGUCAUAUCUUUGAAGUUGACCUUAAUAUCUUGGGGGAUGAAGAACUCCAAGCUUCUUCAUUUUGCCUAAAGCACUGUAAAAGGUUAAAUAAGCUAAGGCUUUCUGUUAGCAGUCACAUCCUUGAAAGGGACUUGGAAAUUCUGGAGACAAGCAAGGUUGAUUCCAGGAUGCACGCAUGGAACAAUAUUUGCUCUACAUUGGUCACAAAUGAGAAUCUGCAUGAGCUAGACCUGAGUAACAGCAAACUUCAUGCUUCCUCUGUGAAGGGUCUCUGUCUUGCACUGAAAAAUCCAAGAUGCAAAGUCCAGAAACUGACGUGUAAAUCGGUAACUCCUGAGUGGGUUCUGCAGGACCUCAUUAUUGUCCUUCAGGGUAACAGCAAGCUGACCCAUCUGAACUUCAGCUCUAACAAGCUGGGAAUGACUGUCCCCCUGAUUCUUAAAGCUUUGAGACACUCAGAUUGUAACCUCAAGUAUCUGUGCCUGGAGAAAUGCAACCUGUCAGCGGCCACCUGCCAGGACCUGGCCUUGUUUCUCACCAGCAUCCAACACGUAACUCGAUUGUGUCUGGGAUUUAAUCGGCUCCAAGACGACGGCAUAAAGCUAUUGUGUGCAGCCCUGACUCACCCCAAGUGUGCCUUAGAGAGACUGGAGCUCUGGUUUUGCCAGCUGGGAGCACCCGCUUGCAAGCACUUGUCAGAUGCUCUCCUGCAGAACAGGAGCCUGAUGCACCUGAAUCUGAGCAAGAACUGCCUGAGAGACGAGGGAGUCAAGUUCCUGUGUGAGGCCUUGGGUCGCCCAGAUUGUAACGUGCAGAGCCUGAAUUUGUCAGGUUGUUCUUUCACAAGAGAGGGCUGUCGAGAGCUGGCUAAUGCCCUGAGGCAUAAUCAUAAUGUGAAAAUCUUGGAUUUGGGAGAAAAUGAUCUGAAGGAUGAUGGAGUGAAGCUACUGUGUGAGGCUCUGAAACCUUCACCUCGUGCGUUGCACACACUUGGGUUGGCGAAAUGCAGUCUGACGACUGCUUGCUGCCAGCAUCUCUUCUCUGUUCUCAGCAGCAGAAAGAGCCUGGUCAAUCUGAACCUUCUAGGCAAUGAAUUGGAUCCUGAUGGUGUCAAGAUGCUCUGCUUCAGAAAGACUUGCAUAAUGUAGUGAGAGAGGAGAUACAGACCUCACAGGAGGAGCUGUGUCUGAAACUCAAGUGUGCUUGGGAUUUUAAUGACUUUGAAGACAAGUGGUGGUGGUGAUCCCACGGAUUGGAUGCCACAUGGCUUGACCAUGGAUCUUGGGAGAAAGCCACCAGGACGUCCUGGCCUGUGUGUCGCUCCGAUGUCACCAUUUGUGGGGACAAAUGAGCUGUUCCCUGCGGGAGGCUUUGUCACGGUUGUUGGAGGCAGCCCACUACACGCCCAGGUCCGGAAUCCUAGUCUAAUACUGUGUCUGGUCCCAAGAUCAUAAGUUGGCUGUGCCUUCAGUCUUUUCUAUGUCCUCCUUGGUGUAGUGUUUUUAAUUCUUGGAGGUGUUGAGAGAAUUCAAUAAAGCAAAGAAUAUAAAAA